AAUAAAUUUAAGAAACGUCGUUUCAUUUUUUGUUAUUCGUUUUCAGUAUUAAAAAUCAAGAUACAUUAUUUCUGUGAUAAUAUUUCAGCACAUUUAAGUUAUCAAAGUUUAAUUUUAAUUUAACAGAAUGGCACACAACACUAACAAAACACAAAAUGUAAAGGUUGCUGUACGAAUAAGACCCCUCUCAGAUGCAGAGGAAUUGAGAAAUGAAAUCAAUAUAAUUCAGACGGGUAUUAAAGGUGAAUUACUGAUUAAGGACAAGAAGUUCAAAGUUGAUAAAAUAUUUGGACCAGAAUGCAGCCAAUUUGAUGUGUACCAAUAUGUUGUGUCACCAAUGAUCCCUGAUGUUAUUGCUGGCUUCAACUGUACAAUUUUUGCAUAUGGUGCCACUGGCACUGGAAAAACUUAUACCAUGACUGGCGGUGAUAUAAAUAGUAAACAUGAUUGGCAACAAGAUCCGACAGCUGGAUUAAUACCAAGAGCUGCCAUUCAGUUGUUCAGUGAAGUUGAGUGUUUGGAAAAUGUUGAAUAUACAAUGCGGAUUUCUUUCCUUGAGUUGUAUAAUGAAGAACUGAGAGAUCUGUUGAGUGAGGAUGACAAAUUUCCACCUUUAAGCAUUUUUUCUGAUCCACACAACAAGGGUUCAGUAUAUAUUCAAGGCAUGAAAGAAGUAACCGUCUGCGAUCGCAAUGAUGUAUUCGACUUGUUACAAAAAGGCAAUAAUAGACGCAAAUCCGCUCCUACUUUGGUAAAUCAUCAAAGUUCAAGAUCGCAUACCGUUCUUACACUGACAGUACACAUAAAAGAGAUGCUUGAUAAUGGAAAGCAUAAGGUUCGCAAUGGUAAACUGAAUCUAGUAGAUUUGGCCGGCAGCGAGAAUAUUUCGAAGAGUGGAGCGAAAGAUAUUCGAGCAGUGGAACUAGCCAACAUUAACAAAUCCCUGCUCACUCUAGGGCGAGUCAUUCAAGCUUUGACUGAAAAAAAAGUUCAAUACGUACCUUAUCGCAACUCAAAGUUGACACGCAUUCUACAAGAUAGUCUUGGGGGCAAAACCAAAACUUGUAUAGUCGCAACGGUUUCACCAGCCAUGUGUUCUUAUGAAGAAUCCGUCAGCACAUUGGACUACGCUCAAAGAGCCCGAGAUAUUAGAAAUAACCCUGAGAUUAAUGACAUAGUGAGUUUAGAUGAAAUGGAACAGGAGCUAGUUGAGGAGGCGGAACGUCUAAAACGAAAGUUGGAAGAAGUCAGGACCCAAAAAGGUGGCACAUCUUUCUAUGUGAAUCCAGAGAAUCACAAUCAUAUGUUGGAGGAAGUAGAAAUGAAGCGUCUAGAAAUAAGUGAGCUUGAAAAUAGGAUUACAGUGGAAACAGGUGUUAUCAAUGAGUUACAAGAAAUUCAACAGAUAAAAUUAAAAGCAAUUGAGGACCUACGGGAAUCGUUUCAAUUGUCUGGGCAAAAAAUAGCUAAAUAUGAAAAUCAAAUUGUAAAAUUAGAUGAGCGUAUAGAAAAAGAAAGAAAUUUAUCCAGUUUAUUGGAAACUGAACAGAGUGAACUUAGUAAAGAGAGCAAGGAAUUGCUGAAAAUAUCAGAACAGGAAGAGGAGGUUGAAGAAGUAUUGCGACAGAAGGCUCAAAAAGCUUUUAACGUAUCAUCAAAUAACGAAUCCAGGGUCAAAGAAGUAUUUAAAUUGAUUGAAAAUUACAUGGAACAAAUUGAAGCAAAUACCAAAGAAUUAGAACAAAAGCGACUCGAAAGACAAAAGUGGAUCCAGAAUGAAAUCAUGAACAUUCUUGAAUUAAAAAGAGAACUGAUAAAAUCGUACUCUAUGGCAGUUUGUCAUACGUUUACAGAACCAAAUGAAGAAAUUUCCGCUCAACAAAAAUUACUUUCACUUGUCGAAAAUAUUGUAAAAAAUGCUGAUUCACUACGAACGCAGUGUAUGGAUUGUUUUACAACAUUGGAAACUAAUAUUGAAAGUAAUCACCAACUCUAUCUAGAACGAUGUGAAGGAGCUAGUAUAAAAAUUCAGCUGAGGCUAGCUCAGUUUAAGGAAAAUUAUUUAAAGCAAUUAAAAGAAUAUUAUGAAGAAUAUCAUAUGUCAGAUGAAUAUCAUAAUAAUACAAAAAAACUAAAUAAUGCUAUUAAAAGCUUCACAGAAGACACUUAUAGUGAAGAAUUUAAGGAAUUUUUUCCAAGUACAUAUGAAAGUUGGCGAAAAAUUGAGUUAAAAUAUGCUCAGGAUCUUAUUGAAAUAAGGGAUAGUAAACUAGAUGAUAAUGAAAUGUUAUUAAAUUCUAUUUUUGAAUGUGCUAAUCUCACUCAUAAUGCAGUAUUUCAAUUGAUACUUGACAAUAUACAAACUUGUUAUAGUCUUUUAAAGGCUGACACUGAGGACCUAAAAGUGGCCUAUAGUAAUUCAUGGUCUGAAAUCGUAAAAGAAAUUCAGAAGAUGGCAGACGAAUUGCGAAAUAACGCAGAAAAAUUCGACAAAACUCGAAUAAUGGACAUGCCAGAAUUUACAGAAAUCUUAGAAACAAUAGAUUCAUUAAAGAACGACUUGGUGAAAACUGAUAUCAAGUUUGAAGUGAAUCAGAGUCUCAUGAACAAGGACGGCGAAUUAUUAAUUCGUUUUCGAAAAUGGCUGGAGAAUCUGUUGGAGGAAGCUAGAAAAUCAACGUUAAGUCCGUUACAAAAAGAAGAAAUUGAAGUACAUCAUGAGGGAGACACUCCUGCACGUAGCGAUCGAGUCAGAAAACCUUUGCGGCUAAGCGGUGUGCGGAGGGAAGCGCUUAUUGCCGAAAGUCAGUUUGAAACGGAUAGCAACGAAUCAUUGAAUGAAUCGAUCGCUUCACUGGACGACUCAUUUUAGGAUUAUUUAUUUAUAAAUAAAAGUUAUUUUUAUAUUGUAUUUAUGUGUGAUUAUUUAUUAAAACUUAAUUUGAUUAAAUAUUAAAAUAAAAAGAAAAAAGUUUUUGUACUUAUAUAUUUACAAGAAAGUAUUACAAAUAAAAUAAAUACAUUAAA